CUGGCGCUCCCCGCCCCGCAGCCGCCCGAGCGGAGCCGCCGCGGCCGGAGCCCGAUGCCGGGAGCUGAGCGCUGAGGGCCGCCCCGAGAUGGGGAUUCUCAGCAUCACGGACCAGCCUCCUCUGGUCCAAGCCAUCUUCAACCGCGAUGUAGAGGAAGUGCGGUCGCUGCUGAAUCAGAAGGAGAAUAUCAACGUACUGGACCAAGAAAGACGAACACCUCUGCAUGCUGCUGCCUACAUAGGAGAUGUUGCAAUCCUCGAGCUCCUCAUACUGUCAGGUGCUAAUGUCAAUGCAAAGGACACUGUUUGGCUCACCCCGCUGCACCGCGCUGCGGCCUCUCGCAAUGAGAAAGCACUUCACCUCCUCCUGAAGCACUCGGCAGACGUCAAUGCCCGCGACAAGUAUUGGCAAACGCCUCUGCACGUCGCCGCUGCCAACCGGGCCACCAAGUGUGUGGAGGCCAUCAUCCCCCUGCUCAGCACUGUCAAUGUCGCCGACCGCACGGGCCGCACGGCGCUGCACCACGCCGUGCACAGCGGCCACCUCGAGAUGGUGAACCUGCUGUUAAACAAAGGGGCCAGCCUGAGUACUUGCGACAAGAAGGAUCGCCAGCCCAUCCACUGGGCGGCUUUUCUGGGGCAUUUGGAAGUUCUGAAGCUGCUGGUGGCCCGGGGAGCCGACGUGGCGUGCAAGGACAAGAAGGGCUACACCCUGCUGCACACGGCGGCGGCCAGCGGGCAGAUCGAGGUUGUGCGUCACCUGCUGCGGCUGGGUGUGGAGAUCGACGAACCAAAUUCCUUCGGUAACACUGCACUUCACAUCGCCUGUUACAUGGGCCAAGAUGCUGUGGCCAAUGAACUGGUUAAUUACGGCGCCAACGUCAAUCAGCCUAACGAGAAGGGCUUCACCCCUCUGCACUUUGCUGCUGUCUCCACCAACGGGGCCCUGUGCCUGGAGCUCCUCGUCAACAACGGGGCUGACGUCAACUUUCAGAGUAAGGAAGGGAAGAGCCCCCUGCACAUGGCUGCCAUCCACGGGCGGUUCACGCGUUCGCAGAUCCUCAUUCAGAAUGGCAGUGAGAUUGACUGUGCUGACAAAUACGGCAAUACCCCCCUCCACGUUGCUGCUAGAUAUGGCCACGAGCUGCUAAUUAGUACUUUGAUGACGAAUGGUGCUGACACUGCAAGGCGUGGGAUCCACGACAUGUUCCCUCUGCACUUAGCUGUUCUCUUUGGAUUUUCAGACUGUUGUCGUAAGCUACUUUCCUCAGGUCAGUUGUACAGCAUCGUCUCCUCGCUGAGCAAUGAGCACGUGCUGUCUGCAGGCUUUGAUAUCAACACACCUGACAACCUUGGGAGGACUUGCCUCCACGCUGCUGCUUCCGGAGGGAACGUUGAAUGUCUUAAUUUGCUGUUGAGCAGCGGUGCUGACUUGAGGAGGAGAGAUAAAUUCGGAAGGACUCCACUGCACUACGCAGCUGCCAACGGCAGCUAUCAGUGUACAGUGACGCUGGUCACUGCAGGAGCCAGUAUUAACGAGGCUGACUGUAAAGGCUGCACCCCCUUACACUAUGCUGCUGCUUCGGACACGUACAGGAGAGCAGAGACUCAUUCAGGAAACAGCCAUGACACUGAUGAGGAGCCACUGAAGGAGUCCAGGAUGAAGGAGGCAUUCUUUUGUUUAGAGUUCUUGCUGGAUAAUGGUGCUGACCCAUCCCUCCGGGACAAGCAGGGAUACACGGCUGUCCACUAUGCAGCUGCGUAUGGCAACAGGCAGAACCUUGAACUGCUCCUGGAAAUGUCUUUUAACUGCCUGGAGGAUGUGGAAAGCACCAUUCCAGUCAGCCCUUUGCACUUAGCUGCCUAUAAUGGUCACUGUGAAGCCCUGAAGACACUUGCAGAAACCCUCGUGAACCUGGACGUGCGGGACCACAAGGGGCGGACAGCCCUGUACCUCGCCACGGAGAGAGGCUCCACCGAGUGCGUGGAGGUGCUCACCAGCCAUGGCGCCUCCGCCCUGGUGAAGGAGAGGAAGAGGAAGUGGACCCCUCUCCACGCUGCAGCUGCCAACGGGAACACUGAUUCCCUGCACCUCCUGAUAGACAGCGGGGAGCGGGCAGACAUCACCGAUGUCAUGGACAUCCACGGCCAAACCCCACUGAUGCUGGCGAUCAUGAACGGCCACGUUGACUGCGUCCACCUCCUCCUGGAGAAGGGAUCCACAGCUGACGCAGCUGACAAGAGAGGAAGGACCGCCCUGCAUCGGGGGGCUGUAACAGGCUGUGAGGACUGCCUGGCUGCUCUGCUGGACCACGAUGCCUUCGUUCUGUGUCGGGAUUUCAAAGGCCGGACCCCGAUCCACUUUGCAUCGGCGUGUGGGCACUUAGAAAUCCUGAGGACCUUGCUGCAGGCAGCCCUCUCUACUGACCCCCUGGACUCUGUGGUGGACUACAGCGGUUACUCACCAAUGCACUGGGCUUCGUACAGCGGGCAUGAAGAUUGUCUUGAAUUGUUACUUGAACACAAUCCAUUUGCAUACUUAGAAGGAAACCCCUUUACUCCAUUGCACUGUGCAGUAAUUAACAACCAGGACAGCACUGCUGAAAUGCUGGUGGAAGCAUUAGGUGCCAAGAUUGUUAAUAGCAGAGAUGCCAAAGGAAGGACACCCCUUCACGCUGCUGCCUUUGCAGACAACAUCCAUGGUUUACAGCUGCUUCUGCGCCACCAAGCCGAGGUGGACACGACUGACAAGCUGGGGAGGACUCCCCUCAUGAUGGCCUCUGAGAACGGGCACACCGCAGCCGUUGAGUUCCUGCUGUACCAAGCAAAAGCAAAUAUAACUGUGCUGGAUGUCAACAAGAACACAGCUCUUCACCUGGCCUGCAGCAAGGGUCAUGAAAAGUGUGCCUUGUUGAUCCUGGGGGAAACCCAAGACCUUGGCCUUAUCAAUGCAAGUAACAGUGCUCUGCAGAUGCCGCUCCACAUCGCUGCACGGAACGGGCUGGCCGCCGUUGUCCAGGCCCUGCUCAGCAGAGGUGCCACCGUGCUGGCUGUGGAUGAAGAAGGUCACACCCCAGCCUUGGCGUGCGCCCCCAACAAGGACGUUGCCGACUGCCUGGCACUUAUCCUCUCCACCAUGAAGCCUUUCCCACCUAAAGACGCCAUCAGCUCUUUCAGCUUCAACCUCCUCAAGAACUGCGGCAUCGCAGCCAAAACCGCGGCCUGCGGGGCGCUGCCCAACGGCAGCUCCUGCCCCUACGGCAAGGACCGGCACGGCGCCAUCGGCUUGGACGGCUGUUACUCGGAGUAGCUUAAACUAUGGGUGACCUAAUAUCUUAUUAUAUUUAUUUAGAAAUUCUAUAAAUAUAGGGCACUUUAAAGGAGAACAAGACUGGGCGGGCCUUCUAGCGCGGCCGCGCACACCAAGAGUUCAACGCUUCUUCUUGCUGAGCGGCGGCGCGCUGCUGCUGGAGCAGGGCUGCCCUGAGCCCCCUCGUGUGGCACCCAGCACCUCCUGGGCUGCGCAGCCACAGAACCCAAACGAGAAAAACUCAAUUAGAAACAAACCAAGCGGCUAAUGGGGACCAUCUGACUGCGGGGCUGCUGGUGGGAAGAGAAUUUGGCUCCCGCUUUUGGGGCGGAUCGAAUCGGUUCCGCUGGGACGGGGAAGCCUGAACUCUUGGUGUGCUUUGGGGCCGGGUGCCGUGCAGCCGCUGGGGCGGGCGCUCGCUCCUGGCCAGGUGCCGCUGUAACGCUCCUCUCUGAGUCGCUUUUCUCUCGUGCUCAUCCUCCGAUUCCAAUACAGACACUUGAAUCGAGAUCUACUGUACCUGGGACACUAAAACACCCUUUUGGCAGCUGUCAUUUUUAUGCAAAAGCGGGCGCUGCUGCCCGACGCCGCGGUCUGCGGGCGCUGCUGGAACCUCGCUCCCCACGCCAGGCACUUUAGGGAUUCUGUUGGUUUUCCGUUUCUGGUUUGUUUUUGGUUUUGUUUUUCCUCUUGAUAAGAUGUCGGAUCCUAAGAGAGUUUUUGUUCUCCGUGUCGCGUGGCUGCUGCCGUGCCAGAGUCAGUGUUGCUUUUUGUUAGAAAAAAGGUUAUUUAUAAAGAAACAAGCAUUUACCUUGAAAAAACCAACAAAAAUCCAAAAAAAAACCUGAAACCUUCAGCCUUUAAAUAAGGAAGAAAAUGCACUUCAGCGUCCUUAUUCACACCCCCGAUAGGUCUGUAUUUAUUUUUCUACCGCAGCUCGCUGGCAGGUUUUAGUGGCUCGCGCCUUUGUCGGAUCGUUGGCUUUUUUUGUUGUGUCGGGUUUUCUUUUCUGAUCUCACAGAUCGUAUUUAAAGGCAGGUUUGAAGCAUUUGAGAAACGUUGCACUGCUGGGUUUUUUUGUUCCGUUUUGUUUUUUUCUUUCCGAAUUACUGUAACAGCAGCAGGCGCAGAGCUGGCGCCCCGCGCUCCGCAUGGCGAGGCUGCGAGGCCAAAGAGCGGGGAGCCAAGGGGGGGGGCUGCAGGGGGCGGCCUGCGGUCCGUGCUGCUGCUGGCUUUGGCUCCGGCCUGGGCUGGGGGAGAGAGCAGGGCUGGGAGCCACAGCUUGGUGCUGCUGCGUCCUGCCUGCACUCUGCUUGUGGCUGUUGUGGCUGCUUUGGUUCGUGUUGUGGCACAUUCACAGCUCUGGCUGCCUUGGUUCCUGUCGUGGCACAUUCACAGCUAUGGCAGCUCGUGGCAUGGUUUGGCUCCUGCUUGCAUCCUGUUCUUGGUGCGCUCACGGCUCUCUUGCAGCCCGCUUGUUCCUGCUGGUGGCCUCCCAUGUGGGCUCAUGGCUGUUUGCGGGCUGUUUGUGGCCUGCUUGGAUUCUGCUCGUGUCGGAUUCGGGGCUGCUCGCGUCCUGCUCACGGCUGGCUGUGCUCUGCUCCUGUCCCGCUCACGUCCUGCUCUCAGCCGCUUUCUGGCCGCUCGGCUCCCGCUCCUCCCAGCCACCCCUCCGUGUCCUGCGCUGCCUCCCGGUUCUGCACAGCGCAGGAAGGCAGGCGUUUCUGUAACCAAAUCGGCGUCGUUCCCCGCUGCUGCUGGAGCCGCUCCGUGGCGCUGGCGCAGGCCGGCCCUGGGCAGCGCAGGCGGCGCCCGUCGCGCUGCGGCUCUCUUUUACCAAAGCCCUCAGAACCAAAGGGGAGCAGCGGCCGCCGGCUGCGAGCGCUUUGUGUCCCAGGAGCUCUGCGGUUCGGUGCCCGCUGCUCCCCGGCGGCGCUGCUCGGCUCCCUGCCCCCCCCCCGGGGCUCCCCGCUCACCCCGUCCUCCCGCUGGCCUUCCUGCGCCGAAUACCUCAUGGGGAACCAGAGCUCACGAAACUUGAAUCGAAAGGUCCUUUCUGAAGAUCCUUUUCAGUAUUCUGCAGAGGAGAACUGGAAAAAAAAAAGAGAUUUGUUUACAUGGCUGCCGCGUCCCUCAUCUCCCGGCUCCUUUCCCUGCGCUGGGAGAUGGGGACCGGAGCCCCGCGGCCUGGGCUGCUGGCGGUCGGUCCGUCACGGCUUCUGCUGCACCCGGGACGAGAGAAUUCCUUAGAGCACACAGAGCUGCUUUUCCUUCUCUCCUUUAGAUUGUUUUCGGUAUUUCGGUUGCGCUUUUCGGUUCCUUUUUCCAACCCCGGCCCCUUUUGCCUUCUGUCCGCACUGCGCGUUGCCGCUCAACGCGACGACGGGACGAUGAGACAAUCAAAGCGACCUCGUAAGGGCUUCUCGUUUCCUCCCUGCAGCUUCGUGUGGACGCGUCCCUUGCUCUUGGCGAGGAGGUUUUUCUCCCCUCGUGUCUUAUUAUUAAUAAUGACGAUAAUAAUAAUAACGACAGUGGAGUGAAGCGAGGUUUCAGCAGCGCGGCCGCAGUCGGGGGCUGGGGGCGAUGGGGGGGAAGCGCGGCCGCGUUCCCCGCAGCUCCAGUCUUGUUCUCCUUUAACGCUGUAUCGCAUUCAUCCGACAGCACAGCUUGACGAUUUCAGUAAUAAUCCAAGUGUUCGGUGAUAACGCGUUCUUUUGCUCAACGAGAUUCGUGGUGGUUUCCCAGUGCAUUGUAAGAGGGACGGAGGGAAGCUUCCGCCGCCGCCUCCAUGCCAAAGUCGGACCAUUCCUGCUUCGCGUUCCUGCGGCAACGUUUGGUGCAGAGCUCGCCGAGCGGCGGCUCCUCGGCCCCCCAGAGCUGUGGGGUGUGGGACAAACGGCCCCCAAAAGGACAGGAAGUUUCUCUCCGCCCCCCGGCCCAAAGCACUUGCUUCAAGGAAUAAGCACUUUGUGAAAGCGUGAGGCCUUGGGCGUCCUGCAGGGUGCAGAGCAGCGAAGGAAGGGAUGGCGAGAGCGGCGCUGGGUUUCGUUCUGUUUUUAGUCUUUGAUUUUUUUUAACUUGAAAAAAAGAGAAAGAAAAAAAGGAAAGAGUUUUGUUUCCAGGGAACGAAUGAAGAAAGGGAAGCUGUGUUAUGAGAGAGAGAGAGAGAGAGAGAGAGGGGAAAAAAAAAAGGAAAAAAAAAAUAGAAAAAAAAAAAAGAGAAAACAGCACAAAUACAUUUCAAGUGGGAAAGGUGUAUUUGCACUGCCAUUGCCAGAGCCGCGGGCCGCGCGCCCGCCUGAGCCAUAAAACUGCUGACAAACACUGAAUGUAAGGCGGCCCACGGCUCCUCCUGACGCCCCCCGCAGCCCCCGACCACCAGCGGUGCUGAGGAGGCGCUCGCUGCGUUUCCUCCUUGCUGCUCCCGACUGCAGGCGAUUCGUUUCCUGCGGGAGAUGCGAGGCCCCGUCCCUGCGCCCCCCCCCCAUCCGCUCCCCAACCCAAAGCGCCGCUGAUUUCCGGCCCCGCCGACCCGGGGCUGAGGCUGACAGGUCCGAAAGCAGCACUGAAAACAGAGCGAAAGCUCCAAAAAAAAAAAAAAAAAGAUUAAAGAAAAAAAGAUAAAAAUAGGAAAAAAAAACUCCGCAGGAACGACGCUGGGUUCUGAGCGCCGCAGCGCAGAGCAAAGGGCAAAGCAAGGAGCAAAGCAGAGAGCCCAGAAACCUUUGUGGUUCGUUUUGUGCCGGGGCUGCGUCCCCCCGCUGCCCCCAUAGGGACCACAGAGCCGUGCAGAGCGCGCCCCACUUCGCCUUCGUAAGAAACCAAAGGACAAAGCCCCCCUUUCCAUUCGGAACACGCGUGCGUUGUUCGCUUCGGGGUAGUUGGCUUUUUCUCCCUUUCUUUUCCUCUUUUCUUUUGCUUUCCUGUUUGUUUCUUCCUUUCUCUCCAAGGAUCCAGGAGCUGUCGGCACCUCUUCUCCCAGCGGCGCUUUUUCGGGUUCGUAGCGCGGAGCUCCGGGGCGGCGGGGGGGGGGCGGCAUCUGCGAGGACUGGAAGGCAUCUGCCGCAAGCUGUGUGUGCUCACCACGUCCUGUGUGUGAACGCUGCCCCUCCGCACCUCAUGCACAUAAACGUGUCUGUGGACGCAGUAGGACAGACCUCACCGGCAGGCGGGCGCAGCGGCUGCUCUGCGUCCCCGUGUUCCCCGUGUGCGCGUGGGGCCGGGGCGCCGGCUGCGCUUGUUCCAUGCAAAGGAGGAAAAGAAAUGGUGAGAGGAAACGUGGCCUUACUGAUCCCGUCCCACUGCCCUUGUUCGUCUUGAGACAAUAAAGUGAUCGCAUGGAAAGCUGUGGCCCUGGCUGAGCCGCGCGCGGGGCGGCCACGGGGUUUGGCUCCUCUCCUCUCCUCUCCUCUCCUCUCCUCUCCUC